AUGGCAAUUCUAAGGACGUUCCCAUUACUCCACACACUCAACCGCCCUGUCCUCGACGCAACCGCACACCAACAGCCACACCAGGCAGAAGAAGCCGCCGAAAGAGGGCAUGCAGUGAUCGAAGGAAACCUAGGAGACUACCCCUCGGAACUCCUUCAACUCCGUCUGCAGGCCAUCCAGGACCACCUCUCGAAACACCACCCCUCAACCGCGAUCUAUAUUGCAUCCUUGGGCGCAGUCCUAUUGAUCACCAUCACCCUGAUUGCCACCUGUCUGGCCCUCCAUGUAUCUGACGGCAAGCCCUGGGUGUUGGGCGUGAUUGUGAUCAUGAUCCUACUCUUUAUCUCCAAGAUGGCCUUCCUUUCGCGGAUAGAGAAGGGAAUUGCUUCGCUACUCCUGACAUUCAACGAGCAGGACAUGCCCCACUACGGCGUACUCUACCGCCUUAGACCCAGGGCCUAUUCUUCUCCUUCCACAGAUACAACAAUCACGGGAACAAGGAGGACACGGUCAGAUUGGUUGAUUCGACUCGCCUACAAACUCAACCUCGGGCUACCCUGUUGGGCACUUGACCUAACAACCAUCGACCACAUCGACGAAUUCUCCUUCCAGGAUCACCCUGCCACGGACCCCCAUGCAUCCCCCGAAGAAAUCUUGGCCAGGGAAAACGAAUUGCCGACCUAUCGUCCAAAAGCGGAAGAGGGGGAUAACGAGAACGGGAUUGAACAUCAUCAUUCUCAGCAACAUCGGGUCCUGGGGGAGGCUUUGCCACCACAGUAUGCCGACAUUGUGGAAAUGCAGGCGGUGGUGACAGAAGACCCUUCUUCUUCUUCGUCUUCAUCUUCUUCUCCGCCCUCUACUGGAUCUUCCCACUUUGUACAAGCGCCAGGAACAGCAACGACAGGAGGGUCAUCAUCUCAAAGGAUAUAA